CCCCUGAAGAAACAUUAAAAUGCAGUGUUUACAAACACGCAUUGAGCUAUCGAUUGGCGUGAUUUCAGUUGGUUACAAGUAUGUUGCUACUACUGCUCUUGUUCCAGCAAUCCACCGCUACUGAAGUACCACAUCAGGCAAAACAUAUAAUCAAGACCAUCGACUCCUGCCCCGAUGUUGGCUACUUUUUCCAACGUGAUCCGGUGCCAAACGCGCUAGAACCUGGACCCUGUCUGCUCUGCUUCUGCAAGGAGAACACCUCAGCCGUCUGCUGGAGACGAGACAACAGUAGAUGUGAUCACAAAGACUAUCGACAUUACGGAAAAAGGGAGACAAGACAACGUCGAAGUCCAGGUUUUAGCGACAUUUUCUUUCGAGAUGCGACCAGAGAUGUGUUUGACAGACGAACGCCGGAACAAUGCAAGCCUUACGAGUCGAGUUUCAGUGAAGGAUGUCCACCAGCGGACUGGUGCAUCGGUUGCACAGUAUGUGAUUGUGACGCUAAUGGGAGGUGGGAUUGUCAUAUUUUAAGCUUCUGCCCUGACAAAAAAGGCAAUAAGCAAUUAAAAAAAAGGAAGAGACCGUAUAGAAGCAAAAAUAUUAAGAGAAAUAAUAUUAAAGAAGAGAAAGCAAAGAAGAAAGAUAUUUUCAAGAAGAUACCACCUGAAAAAAUCACACAAAGGGGAAACACAACUAAAAAGUUUAUCAAUAAAACGCACACAAAGAAAUCUUCUAAAAGGUCGCCUAAUUUAAAUGGAAAGACCAUACAAGGAAAACAGCCUACUCAAAUUAAGAAAACUACUAAGAAAAUCCAGAAAGCAACAACUAAAAAGGCAAUCGACUCAAAAAUUAUAAAAAAUAAAUCAAUAACAAAUCAACAAAUGAAAAGGAAUGCGUAUAAAGAGGUUCUUCAGAAUGUAAAAGAGAAAAAUGAUACCUAUAAGUUAGCUGAAGCAAUUGUGAAAAAAGUUAUGUCUAGUGUGGAAAAGCUUAUGAAUGAAAAUCAGAAAAUACUGAAUACUAUGAAACCAAAGAUAGUACAAAAACGACAAAUGCCUAAACGAAAUGAUAUAAAAAUGAAAAAAAGCACAAAUAAAACGGACAACAACUUACCAAGGAAACAUUGGAUAAAAAAAAUUAAAGUAAAUAAGGAAAAAGAUCACCCGAAAUACAAUACAAGGGAUAAAAGAAGCAUUACCACAUCAGAUUCAAAUACAACAGUAACUACCGUUGAUACGACAACUAUAACUCUUCAACUUAGAAAUGAAACAAAAGUUAACUUGUUGGACGCAUCAAAUAUUACUGCUGCUUCAACCAAAACACUUUAUUACAAAUAUGAGCUUAACAAUAGUACUAUGGCCCCAAAUCAAACUAAAAUUGAACCUUUAACCAGUAAAAUAGACAUUAAUCAUUCAAUGAGAGAGGCCAACGUUAGCUUAAAUCACUCAAUUUUUAAUGACACAGACAAGGAUUUUAUAAAACAGCUUCAUGAUUUAAAAAUAAAGCACAACAAUUUUAUUGCUUCAAGAAUGAAACUAAAUGAUAAGUGGAAAGAUCUCCACUCGUUACUAUCAAGAGAGUAUAAUAAACGUAUGUACAAGAAAUAUAAAGAGAAUGCAACCGAAUCUAAUAUUAUCAAUGACAAAAAUCAAAAUACUUCAUGUGGUAAAGUAUGUACAUUCAAAAAGGUAUUUAAUAAAAUUAUAUAUGGGACAGAUUCCAACAGUACAGACAUAAACAAAGCUAAGAUUAAAAAAAUUAGUUUGGUAACAACAUUGAAAAACUUUUUUAAGCCUUUGUUAACCAAAAUUAAACCUCGACCUAAAAAGUUUAUACAUGCGAGAAAUAACAAAAAUGUUCUAAGUACUCUUUGCAGGAAAUUUGAGUUAUGUAAACCUGAUUUAAGUGACAAACUGCUACGAUUUAAAUUAACAGAACUGAAUCGUGAGACACAAAAUAUUUUUAAAAUUGUAGGUAGUAUUAAAGGCUUGCUACAUUUAUUAAAUACAACUGGAAACUCGUCUGAAACUGAAAUACCUGAAGUUGAGAAAUUAGAUCAGAUUUUGAGGGAUUUGUACAUGAUUGAUGAGGAUAAAACUAAUAUUACUGAAACUAAACGAAUUCAAAUAAAAUAUGUAAAACGAAAUACUCAAGAAUUCGUUAAAUCAUUAGAAAAGUUUGCAUUCACUCUGAAAGAUAUAAUUCAUAUUCUUCAAAAACAAAACAAAGCUUCAAAAUUACAUAAUAUGAAAUACCAAAGAAAUAUGAGAUGUGCGAAGCACUCAAUAAACCUAAAACCAAAAAUCGACGAUAAAUUAACGAAAUUAAAAAAAUUAAUACUACAUUAUAACUUACUUCAAAAUAGGUUUAUGUCAAAAAUGUAUGAUGUUUUAACAAGUUCGGAAAGUCACGAAGAUGGUGUAAAACCAAAAGUAAGUGAAAAAAGGGUAUUUAAUAAUUCUUCUGAAAUAGAAACAUAUUCUAGAAAUAUAAUUGAAAAUCUUAGGAAACUUCAAAUAAUAGGACAAAAACUGAGUUCUAGAUCGAGAGUUAAACGUAACGCUAUGGGUGAUGACGAUGCUAUUGACUAUUUAUUAGUACUUAUGGAAUAUUUGUUAAAACAGAACAAACCUGUAGUAAACCCUCAAGUGAGUGAUGGUAUCGAUUUAUUAAUAGACGCAAUAAAAAAUGCACCUGAUAUAAAACCUAUUACAUUUAAUGCAGUGCGCUUUACAACAUUUAGAACUCCUACAAGAACAACCGAUUCUUCAGAAAACAUAUCAUUUAGUAGUAGAGCAAAUAAUAAGAAUAAUAAAAGCAAACACUACCAACAUACAAAAACAGAAUCAUUUGAUGAUACUUUUUACGACCCUGAUGAAAAAAAUAGUUUAAAAGGAAAUGAAAUGGAUGCUACCCCCUUUAAUAAUAAUAAAAUAAAAGAAAAUCAUAUUGAAAAUACAGAAAUCGUUGGUGAAGAAAUUAUAAAUUCCGCCAAUGUUUAUUUUAACAAAAACCCAGCCGACACGGCAAUAGACACAUUUUUAAAGGAAAAAUCAGGCAACAAAUCCUCUAAAAAUAAGUACGAAGUCUAUAAUGCUGAUGAUGAUGAAGAAGAUGAUGAUAUCGAUGUCACACCUAAGAAAUUACACAGAAAUAAAGAAGAUGUUUACAUGAAAGCUGAAAUCGAUUUAGAAAAAGAACGUGAAAAAGUUCUUAAUCGCCUAACUGAUGUAGUUGAUGAAGUUAGUGAUAGUAAAAACAAAAAUGAUACAAUCUCACACCAAGAUUGGGAAAUCGAUAACAUUGAUCUAGACUUUAAAGUUGAAACAACUACAAAAGUGACACCUAAACCACAGCAAGUAACACGCACUGCUAGAAGGCAUGCAGAUAAAUACACUAAUCCAAUAAGUGGUAUGUCUAGUGAAGAGUUAGAAAAUCAUUCGAAGCCAAUAAUCCAGUCUACUAGAGAAUUGAAGAAAAUAGACAUUUUCAAUUCGUUCGAUUAUAAUAUAGAGAGAACAGAUGUUGACUCUGAAUCAAAAGAAGAUAAAAACGAUGCGUUUUCAGACUUUGUUUAGAACAAGGACAUCUUAAAUCUAGCAUAAGAUUAAAUUAAAAUACGAUUGAGAUUAAUUAGAUUUAAUACGACUAAUUUCGGUCACAUAAUAUUAUUUUACUAUAUAAUUAUUGUUAUGUCAUUGUACCUAAACGUUUAGAUUGAAAAUAGUUAUUACGUUUCGCUCAUACAAUUGUAUCAAAUAAUUAUUUUAAAUGCUAGUUCACCUUGCUCCUAUUUCGUGAUCUGACAAUCUCUUGGUCCCUUUAGGGUCGCGUUUAUGUGAAUACAUCGUGUGAUUAGAUUUUUCUAAAUUAUUGUAAAUACAAAACAUAUGCAGUGUUUACUUUUA